AUGUUUGAGAGUGGAUAUUUGGUGCCUUAUAUCGCCGAAAAACUGACCUCUACCGUCGCCGCCAUUACUACAUCACAAAACCGGUCUCUCAUUGGCAGUAUUUUCUAUCAAUACCUCAAUCGUCAAUCCAAUGUCUCCACCUGGAAGCAAAUUGAGGCGUCUCAAUUCAGUAGUCUGCUGAUUGGACUCUGCAUUUUAUCCCUCGUUAUCGCUGUCAUUGUUCUAGGUCCAUCUAUCCAGGCAUUGCUUUCAUUUUCCCACUCCAAGUUACACAAAAAGUCAUCACCACCCAGACGGUUUUGCAUAACGGUUGUUCUUUUAACCUUUCUAUCAUGUUGGCUUCUUGUAUGUGUGGCUUUAAUUUUCACAGUUAUUGUCUUCUCAGAAAAUCUCAAUAUCACAAAUUCCCAGGGUUUCGACUUCGUUAGCCGCAUUGACAAGAUCUCUAACCAAUCAUUUUUACUGUUGAGAGCACUGACAUAUGAGACUAAGUCCGUAGCUAACGCUACCAUUCACGAUCUUAUAAAUGACUUUUAUAAAGAUUUCCUCUCCGAAGUACCCACAAUUACUUCCAAUUUUUUAAAUCAAACUAACUUGGACACUCCAUUGAAAAUACUUGGCAAUUUAUCGCAAACUGUGGAAGAUUUGCUCAAAGCACAUACCCUUCUAAGAGAGAAUGGCCCUCAAGUGGCACUGGAAUUGGAGAAGUUGGAUUCAAGUAUUCGAGUAAACGGUGAAAUGUUGCUACAAGAGACCCAAAGGACGAAGAAGGAGUGCGCUGAUUUCACAAUUCAUCUUCCCUCUCUCACACCUCUUGGGGAGGCGAUUUCACAGUUGAUAAUUGGACUCUACGAUGAAGCGACUCAUGAGGAUACAUUUUUCCACCUUUUUCGCCUCGAAAGUAGUCUCGGCCUUUUCAAUAUGCUAAAUGUUCUUCCUUUCAAUGUCUCUGUAGUCAUUGCUCAACUUAAGACCGCUGUCAAUGUGCGAAAGGAGCUUGAGGCAUCUAUUCGUGGUAAAAUUGAAGAUCGGUUUUCUAGCAUGUCCAAAGACGUCCUCAAAGCGGUGGAGGGUCUGUCGAUAUACAUAGACAAAGCAUUGAUGAAAAUAGAUGAAAUCGAACAAUCAUAUCAUGAGACAAUGGAUCGAGUAAACGGGAGUUUGAAGAUGUUGAAAUGCGUCUGGACUAUUGUUUACUUUAUUGAAGGGAUGGUGGUAGCAGCUCCACUUGUUUUGCUCCUCUGUUCAUGCUUUUGUCCACGUCACAGCUUAAAAGCACCUGCAAAGGAGGCAUUUCCAUUGUUGACAAUCAAUGAGUUAGCUUCAGCUUCAUCAUCUGGAUGCGGUUCUUCUGAAGACGAGGGCUCAAUUGUCACGCCCACUUUAGCACAGGAAAGAGGAUUGGACGCUUCAAUGCUAUUCCUCCCCAACGAUGACUAUCUCAAUGGUCGUGAAGCAUUCACUCGACAAUGGAUGUCCUCGAAGCGAUAG